AUGGCAGUUGUGGGCAUAGACUUGGGUACUUUUUCCAGCUACAUUGCUGCUGCCAGAUCAGGAGGCAUUGAGACAAUUGCGAAUGAAUAUAGUGAUCGACUGACUCCAUCAUAUGUAUCAUUUGGAGAAAACAAUCGAGUGGUGGGUAUGGCUGCAAAACAGCAAGCAGUUACAAAUUACAGAAACACAGUUUGUGGGUUCACCCGAGUGUUGGGGCGCAAACUCAGUGACCCGCUGGUACAGAAAGAGCUUUUCCAGAGUUUCAAGCCAAACAGUGUUGUUAAAGAUAGCCAUGGCAAUGUGCUUUUUCAGCUGUCCUAUCUGGGAGAGACGCAUGAGAUUUUUGUUCCAGUAUUCUUCACUGACAGAGAGAGACGUGCUCUUCUGGACGCUUGCCAGCUGGCCGGACUCAACUGUUUGAGAAUUUUAAAUGACACCACCGCAGUUGCUCUUGCCUAUGGUAUUUACAAGACUGAUCUUCCAGCUGAAUCGGAAAAGCCUCGAAAUGUUGUCUUUGUAGACUUCGGCUACUCUGCAAUUCGAGUGGCAGCUUGUGCUUUUAACAAGGGAAAGCUGAAGGUGUUGGCCACAUCGUUUGACAGCCAACUUGGUGGGCGAGAGUUUGAUGAGCUGUUAGCAGACUAUAUGGCAGAGGAGUUCAAGAAGAAGUAUAAAGUGGACGCCGCAUCAAAUCCCAAGGCGUAUACCCGUCUCCUGCAGGAGUGUGAGCGGCUGAAGAAGCUGAUGAGUGCCAACAUCCAACCCAUUCCUCUCAACAUUGAAUGCUUCAUGGAUGAUAAGGAUGUGCAUGGAGCUGUAGACAGGGCACAGUUUGAAGAAAUGGCCGCUCCACUGCUGAAACGGAUCCAUGAUACAUUGCUGGCAGUUCUAGACAAUGCAAAACUCAAGGUGUCUGACAUUAGCUCAGUGGAGAUUGUUGGGGGCUCGUCCCGUGUGCCGGCAUUCAAGGCCCUGGUGCAGCUGGUGUUCAAUAAGGAGCCUAGUACCACUCUGAAUGCUGAUGAGGCAGUGGCACGUGGAUGUGCCCUGCAGUGUGCCAUCUUGUCGCCCACAUUUAGAGUCCGCGACUUCAGCAUCACUGACUGCCAGCCAUAUCCCAUCACUCUUGUCUGGCAGCCUCAGGGUCAGAUGGAUGAAGACAGCUCUCUUGAGGUUUUCUCUCGCUUCCACCCUGUUCCAUUCUCCAAGAUGCUCACAUUUUAUCGCAAAGAGCCCUUCACUCUUGUAGCCUCGUACUCACCUGGCAGUGGUGUCCCAUAUCCAGAUGCUGAAAUAGGUACUUUCAAAAUAAACAAAGUGACACCUCAACCAAACGGCGAAAGCUCUAAAGUGAAGGUCAAAGUACGUUUGACCAGCAAUGGCACCUUCAUGGUGAUCAGCGCCAGCAUGUACGAGAAGCUGGAAGGUCUCAUGCAGAUGCACCAGGAAAGGGAACUUGAUUAUAUUGAAUGUAUUUGUUUUGGCCAGAAUUCUGCUGAAAUGGACCAGUCACCAACCAGUGAGCAGCAGAACGUGGAAGCCACAGCAGGACAGGCUCAAGAUAAAAUACCUGAGGGAAAUGAAAAGCCAGCAGACAAGAAAUCAGCCCCCAAAAAGAGCAAGAAGACUGUGAAAACCAUUGACCUGCCCAUUGAUGUGAAUGUUCAGCAGCUUUCUAAGGAACUGAUUAAUGCCUUCACAGAAAAGGAGAACCAGAUGGUGAUGCAGGAUAGGCUAGAGAAGGAGAGGGCUGAUGCCAAGAAUGCUGUCGAGGAGUAUGUGUAUGAAAUGAGGGAGAAGCUGUGCGGGGUAUAUGAGGACUUUGUUCACGAAGAUGAUCGUAACAAAUUUACCGUGAAGCUGGAGGACACUGAAACCUGGCUGUAUGAAGACGGAGAGAACCAGAACAAGCAGGUUUACAUUGACAAACUGGCUGACUUAAAGCAAAUUGGGCAGCCAAUAGUGGACCGGUACAGAGAAGCACAAGAGUGGCCAGUCGCCAGGGAUGAAAUGGGCUCGACAAUACAGCAUAUACGAAAAUUCUUGGACCAGUGGAAUCUGAAGGAUGAGAAAUACGAACACAUAGAGAAGUCAGAGGUAGACAAAGUUGAGAAAAUUCUCACUGAAAAAUCCAACUGGUUUGGCUCUCGGAUGACACAGAUGGCUCAUCUGAAACGUCACGAAAACCCAAUUGUUUUGGCAUCACAAGUGCGAGCAGAAAAGCAG